GAGAAGAGUUGGGGUUACUCUGCAACCUCUCUCAGCGAGCAGGAUGAAGUCCAGGAAGAUCUUUGUCAGUGUCCUCCUGUUUGUCCUGUCUGUGGAAAUCUGCUUGGCUCAACACUGGUCUUAUGGCCUGCAACCAGGAGGAAAACGGAGUGCUGAAAACCUGAUGGAAUCAUUUCAGGAGAUUGCAAAUGACAUGGAAAAAAUCAGGGAAGUGCAGAGGACAGAAUGCCCAGGCUCGUACCAGCAUUCCAGGCUCAGUGCUCUGAAGGAAAUCGUGGAAAGUCUGAUGGAAGAAGCCAGACGAAAGACAGCUUAAACCCACGAAGCCAAAAGGAACAACAGACCCAGCAUGUCAAAGCUAUCAAAAUUCUCUUCCAAAACCCCUCAAUUCUCUUCAAAUGACCUUGGCUCUGAUUGCUUUCUGUGAAUAAAUCCUCUGCGGUUGCAUGUAAAUAGUAGAAGAUAAUUGUUGUGUCGAUUACUAGUUUGUAUGUAAAAGAGAACACGUUCCAGUCCGGCGG